UCUGAGUUGCUUGGUAAACAAAGCAGGAAAAUUUGAUGACCUUGUUGAUGAAAGUGUUCAGUGUAUUUAAUGAAUCGACAAGAUACUCCCUGCCUUUUUGAUAAGAGAAGUGCUGAACCAAGAUGAACGGACAAACUCCUGAAGGAAACGGAUACAGCAUGUCUGAAUCUUCCAAUAAUGGCAACCGUGAACAACCAACUCGUGUUUGGUGUGAUGGAUGCUAUGACAUGGUUCAUUUUGGACAUGCAAACCAGUUGAGACAAGUAAGUAAACAAGCUAAAGCUAUGGGAGAUUAUUUAAUUGUUGGUAUUCACACUGAUGAGGAAAUAACUAGACAUAAAGGUCCUCCUGUUUUCACUGAACAAGAAAGAUAUAAGAUGGUUCGAGCUGUGAAAUGGGUAGAUGAAGUUGUGGAAGGUGCACCAUAUAUAACUACAAUCGAAACAUUGGACAAAUAUAACUGUGACUUUUGUGUCCAUGCAGAUGAUAUUACUCUGGAUGCUGAUGGAAAAGAUACUUAUCGCUAUGUUAAAGCAGCAGGAAGAUAUAAAGAAUGCAAAAGAACUGCUGGUGUAUCUACAACGGAUCUGGUUGGCAGAAUGCUUUUAUUGACAAAACAACAUCAUAAUCGGGGAGAAAGAGAAUAUGGUAUUGAUACAGAGCAUGCCAAAACUAUUAGCAAGGAUCCUAGUACUCAUAGUCCUUGGACUGGAAUUUCUCAAUUCCUUCCAACUACUCAAAAAAUAAUUCAAUUCUCUGAAGGAAAGGAACCUAAGCCGGGGGAUCGCAUUGUUUAUGUUGCUGGUGCAUUUGAUCUAUUCCAUGUAGGUCAUGUGGACUUUUUAGAAAAAGCUAAAGCAGAAGGAGAUUAUCUUAUCGUAGGAUUGCAUACUGAUCCUGUCGUGAACAGAUACAAAGGCAGCAAUUAUCCAAUCAUGAAUUUACAUGAAAGAGUUUUGAGUGUUCUUGCUUGCAAAUAUGUGAAUGAAGUUGUCAUUGGAGCACCUUAUGCAGUCACUGCUGACCUUAUGGAACAUUUCAAGGUCGAUAUUGUUUGUCAUGGUCAAACCUUUAUCAUGUCUGAUAUUAAUGGGGCUGAUCCUUAUGAAGAGCCUAAGAAACAAAACAAGUUUAAGCAACUUGACAGUGGGAAUGAUGUCACUACCCAGAAAAUUGUUGAGAGAAUAAUUCAGCAAAGAUUGGAAUAUGAAAAGAGAAAUCGAAUGAAAGAACAGAAGGAAGUAGCACUUCUGAAUGCAAUGAAAAAUAUGUAAUUAUUUCAAGAGUUUCUUUAACAGCAAACAAUCAUUGAUUAUCUGAGCAGUAAUUUAAUAUAUCUUUGCAUUUGAUGUAUUUAACCUUGAGGUAUAUUCUGGAACUUUUUUUUAAUGAACUGGUAAUUUUUUUUAAUAUCUCACCAAGUAUAAAUCAAAAAAUUAUGUUAUAAAUUGUUAUGUUGUUACUGCUAAUGUCAAAUUUGCAUUUUACACAUUAAUGAUUUUUUUCUUCAACUGUAUUAGUUUCCAUGAAACCAAAAUUGUUUUAUUAAUCUAGCAAGAGCCUUAAAUUAUUGUUCACAAUUAUUUCAAGAUUGUAUAAUUUUAAUUAUUAUAUCCUUUUAGGAUUUGCUGAUCUGUACUGUUUUAAUCAAUUAUGCAAUAUCUUGUUAAUCAAAAACUUUACAGUAUUUGAAAAUCUAUAAUCACAUGAGUUUCUGAAUGACACCUUUCAAUUCCUCCUUGAGAAAUGUUUGAUUACUCUUUAAAUAUUUAAUAUUGCUCAUAUUAUCCUAGUCAAAGCUUUUAAUUAAACAUAUGUGUAAAUAUAUAUAUAUACUUAAUUCACUGUACUUAAAUGUAACAUACAAUCAGAUACUUUACUUUGAAUGCAAAUCUACAUGGAUUCAUUAGGUACAAUAAGUACUUGACAUCUUUUUUGCAUUUAAUUUUUUUUGCAUAUGCACUCAUUUUAUACACACAUAGUUUUAUUUUACCAAACUGGAGAUUCAUAUUACUAGCUUUAAAAUAAUUGUUUGUAUCAAUUAUUAUUUUUAGAACUAGAUUUUUUUUUUAUUAUUGUAUAAAUGUAUUAAUAUGAAAUUUACCAAAGGAAAUCAUAGUAGAAUAAUUUCUUAUGAUGUAGUAAUGAAUUUUUAUAACACUGAAUGCAUAAUGAAAUUUUUGUUAGAAAAUAUUUUAUUCGUGCAAAUAUAAAGCUACUAUUUGGUAUUUUUAUAAUAAAAAGAUUUUUAGCAUAACAUGUGAUAUUAGCUUUUGCUAGUUGGAAAUGCAUCAUCAUUUUUAUUUAUAUCAAAAUACUCUAAGAUGUUUGGUGCAAAUACAAAGUUGAGCAUAGUUUUCUUCAAAAGCAAAAGGCAUUUAAAAAAUUAGUUUUAAUGCCCACAGGAAAAAGCAACUCUUAGGUUAUUUUCCUUUAUAAAAUGUAAAAUUUGUGCCAGCUUAUAUUAUUUAUUCUAAUAAUCUGGUUUAUAUAAAUCUAUUAUUUUAUUUAUAAUAUCUUCUAAUAAAGUGAAAUUUACAACUUUUAAUUAUUUAUUUAUAUCAUUAUCAAUUUAUGCAUUUGUUUAAAAAGCAAAUUUUAAGACAUUUCAGUGUAUAUAGCUUAUUUAAUAUGAUAUGAAAAAAGAAAACUCAUAUUUGUUACUUACUUUUUAUAGUUUAUAUAUUUCGGCUGUUCAGUUAGUUUUAUAUUGAGCAUGAAAUAAAAAUCGUCUUUAUUUUAAAACAUAAUUUUUUUUAUACUUCAAUAUGUUCUAGUCACUAACAUUACUUUGUUAAAUAUAUCAACACAUUGUUUUGUCUAUUUUAUAAUGCAUAUAUUGAUGAAAAGUUUUUUGCUUUAAAACUCAUCUAUGCUUACUUAAACAUAAAAUUUUAGAACAAAUAAUUACUUCAAAGUAUUUACAGAACAUAAAGUAAUCUGCUUAGAAUUUCUGUCUUUGUCUAAAAGAAAUUAUCCUGUUUUUAAAUUUAUAUUCAUGCAAUUUUUAGUUGAUAUUUCAUAAAAAUCCACAGCUGUUUUGACUAGAAUAACUAAUCAAUUUUUUGUUGUUUGAAAGAUUUUAUUAAUUUUAUUUACUAAAAAAUAAAUUUAUAAAAUUUCA